UUCAAGUCCAAAGUGCAGACCAAAUUUUGACUGUUCAAGAUAGUGUUUCUUUAAAAACAAAAUGGGGAACAAACUAUCUAUUUUCACAGAAGACCAACUUGAAGCUUAUCAGGACUGCACAUUCUUCACAAGAAAAGAAAUUCUGAGGAUAUUCCGUCGUUUCCGGGAGAUCUCACCCCAGCGCGUUCCGGUCAACAUGCGUGACGGCAAGUCCAGGAGGGUGAAAAUACCCUUUACCGAGCUCGAACUCAUCUCAGAACUCAGGGAGAACCCGUUCCGUGAGCGGAUCUGUCAGGUGUUCUCGGAGGAUGGGUCCGGCGACAUGAGCUUCGACGACUUCCUCGAUAUGUUCUCAGUCUUCUCCGAGAUCGCGCCUAGGGACAUCAAGUGCGUAUACGCAUUUAAGAUCUACGACUUUGACGGUGACAACCACUUGAGCCGCUACGACCUGCAACAGACUCUGCGCUGUCUCACACGCAAUGGGCUGACGGAGGAGGAAAUCUCCUUCGUGGUCGACAAGGUGCUUGAGGAGGCGGACCUGGACGAUGACGGCCUCCUCUCCUAUAUCGAGUUUGAGCACGUGAUCUCUCGCUCACCGGACUUCCUCAAUACAUUUCAUAUCCGGAUCUGAUCCUACUGGCGAGGGCGAUGCUCAGGACUUUAAGUUCAUAUGUACUUAUAUCAGUUAUUGAGUGAUGGACGUAAAUGGUAGAUCUCUCAGCUCAGAGAUCCAACCCCCUUGUACCAGCGUUCGAAUCAAAACUUGCCUUAUCUAUAGUGGGCUGUACUUCCAAUAAUGUUCACGUGCAUGAUAAGUUCAGUGCUUGUUAGAAUUGUGUAAUUUAUGCUGUUCUUUCCUUGUCAUAAAUCUGUAAAUGGUUUAUUUACUAGGCGUUUAUUGUUUUUCCCAGUUUGGCUGUGCAAUAAUGAAGUUUUAUAUAGGAAGUAAUUUCAAUCUAAAUAGAAGUGAGAGUUACUGUAUUGACCUAUUUAACACAUUUCUAUAUGCAAUAUAACCGCUUAAUGAAAACGCCAAAAGUAAUUAUGAAACCGCAAAGAAAAACAAAUCAUAUUUAGCAAAACAGUUCACAUCCGUAAAACGCUGACAUUGAUAUCAACAACUAUGAUGUUUACGUAUUCGUUUCUCUGUAGAGACGGUGCUUUACAGAAUUCGGGGAACGGGGACAACUUUUUUAAUGAAACCUUUCUUGGACAGCUUUUAAGAACGGCGUCAGGUAUCGCCGACUUGAGACCUUUUUACUUAAAAACAGGUUUCAUAACUCAGCAAAGGACAAACGCACCCUCUUUCGCUGCAAAUACAUCCAUUGAUAUCGGAUGUCAUCGCUUUCAACUUGGUCA